AUGAGUGAUCAAUUAUUUACUGGUGAAGACCAUGCAGCAAAAUAUCGUCUUUAUAGACCUUCUUAUCCCAAAGUAUUAUACGAACAUAUUGUUGAUUAUUAUUUUAACGGUAAAAUUUCCAAUGAAAAAAUUACACUUGCACUCGAUGUUGCUUGUGGAAGUGGUCAAGCGACAAUAGAUCUUAGUCUAUUUUGUGAACGAGUGAUUGGUAUUGAUGUUAGUGCGGAUCAAAUUGCUCAUGCCAUUCUAAAAAAUAAUAUUGAAUAUCGUUGUCAUACAGGCGAAGAUUUAUCUUUUCUUCAAUCAAAUUCAAUUGAUUUAAUCACUAUUGCAGUAGCUUUACAUUGGCUUGAUCUAAAAGUAUUUAUUGAAGAAGUAAAACAUGUACUUAAACCUAAUACCGGUGUAUUUGCUGUAUGGACUUAUGCAUUCGGUAAUUUAGAUAAUCCAGCAGCUGAUGCAAUUAAUUCCGAAUUUUAUCAUAAUGUUUUAUAUCCAUAUUGGAAUGAAAAACAACAUAUAGUUAAUGAUUAUUAUCAAUCAAUUUUACCAUUAUUUCCGUAUCAAUCAACAUUACGUCAAUAUAAAAUUGAACGUCAAAUUGAAACAACUAUUGGAGGUUUACUUGCUUUUAUUGAAACAGCAUCACCUUGUCAAACAUAUAGAAAACAAAAUGGUGAACAAGCAUAUCAAGAUAUUUUAAAUACAUUACGACAGAAAUUAGGUCAAGCUUAUCUUAAUACAGAAACAGACAAUAAUUCUGCUCAAUCAAAAGAUCUUGAUUCAAUCAAAAUAACGAUUUCAAGUCCUAUUUAUCUUUAUUUAAUGAAAAAAAAUUAA